AUGCCUGUGUGGUCUUGCCAGUUCGCUGGUCCAGGAAUCAGGAUUGAUGAGCUCAGCAGUUCAGCCAAGCCGAGGCAAGGGCGACUUGAUCGAUGGGAUUCCGGUCGCGACCGAGGCGGCGAGGCGAUGUUGAUCGAUUUGGCGAGUGACUUCAUCGCCGCCGCGCCGGGGGCUGAUCUGAGCGCGAUAAACCUGCGUGCGACGUCCGAGUUGGCAUUCGCGAAUAUGGAGGGGAAAAGCCCGCUGCAGACGACGUUGCAGCACAUCUUGGGGCUGAGGGUUGGAUGCUCGGUAUUGCCACGUCGACGGUCGAUCGGAAGCCGUUUGAUUCCCGACUCCCGACCGGCCCCGCUUUAA